AUGAAAACACUAAAUCUCCUCACUUUACUCCUCUUCUCCUCUCUCUUCUCCUCCUCUUCCCCAAUACUCGCCGCCUUCUCGGAGUUAGGUUACUCAACGGUCUACGAAUCAUCGGAAACACUCAACGGCGAAUCCAACUCCUCCCCGAAGAUCAGCUACGAUCGGAUCAUCGACGUCAGAAGAAACUGCAAAUCAGUCUUAUCCUCCGCCUCGGAGCUAAACAUCGACUCAAUCUCCAGAGAUCUCCGCAAAGCCAAGAAAAGCCUCUCCUUUCGCUACGGUGACUGGUCUCAACCCCCCUCCGACGACUCUCCGAUCCUCCCCUUCGACUCAACCAACACCACCACAUCAUCAAAAGCAACAACAAACCCUCUGAAUCUUGUCUCCUUCCGCGUCACAGAUCUAGAUCUCCCUCACCGAACGAAACGAUACGUCGGCGUCAACGGCGUCCUUCUCUUGGCGAUCACAACGUUCAACGACUUAACCUCGAGAGGAGCACGCGAGUUCGAGCUCUGGCCGAGUCAUACUCAGCUUAAAAUUAAUUUCCAAGGAGUUUACGUUGAGAAUGAGAAUGAUAAGGAGCGUGUCUUGUGUAUGCUUGGUGAGACUAUGCUUCCUUCUCGUGAGUCUAACUCUCCUUCUGAUCGAUGGAAAUGGGUUAAGGAGCAUGACACGCCUCCUCUUCUUCAAGAUGAUCAGAUUCGUCUCAUUCUUCGUUACCCUAAAGACUUCACUCUGACCAAAAGAAAGAUACAAGGAGAGGUUAAGAGCUUGAACGACAAGUCUAACCUUAAGUACUUUGACAAGAUUAGUAUCUCUUCUCAGUUAAGUAAGUCUGUUCAGUACAGUUUCGUCUCUGAUGAGUUAGUAUCAAAGGCUUGUGAUAAAGUUAGUACUACUAUUAGUGGAAUUGAUGAUGUCUAUAAAGGGAAAGGUUUCUGUAACCUUCUUGAAAGAGUUGUUUCUAAUACGCCUCUUACUGUCUUACCUAACUGGAAAUGUAACGGGACUGAUGAGUUCUGCAGUAAGUUAGGUCCGUUUGCAUCUGAUGGAGACAUCAAAUUAACUGAUGGUGGGUUCAAAGACGUGAAGCUUUAUAUGCAGAACAUACAUUGUCAAGAGAAGUCUGAAGCUGUGACACAAGUCUCUGCUGUGUUCCGAGCCGUUCAUCCUAAUGAGAAUCUUUACCUCUCAGGGAUGAGAUCAGGGCUUGAUAAUAUGACUGUUACUGCCGAAGGGGUUUGGAAACAGUCGAGCGGGGAGUUAUGUAUGGUUGCUUGUAGGCGUGGUGAGGCUGAUGGGUGUAAUGCUCGUGUGUGUUUGUAUAUACCAACGAUGUUUUCGAUACGGCAGAGGAGUAUACUCGUUGGGACGUUCUCUUCUCUUAACACGGAGAAGAAUCUGACUCCUUCUUUCUUCCCUUUGGCGUUUGAGAAGCUUGUGGAGCCUAUGGAUAUGCAGAACUACUUCCAGUCUUCUUUGGUUUCGCAUCCGGUUUAUCGGUACUCGAAGACGGAUGAAGCUGGGAGUAUCCUUGAGAGGAACCAGGAGUUCUCUUUCACAACUAUAAUCAAGAAGUCUGUAAUGAAGUUUCCUAAGUUGGAAGACUCUGAGGAUUCUCUUUCUAGCUUGUCUCUUCUAGCUGAGGAUUUGACUUUCCAUACACCUGCUUUUACGGAGAAGAAGACAUUAGGGACAAACUUUGGGAUGGAUGUUCUUUCUCUUGGUCCUUUGUUCGGACUCUUCUGGAGGAGUUCUAAUGAUUCCAUAGAGGAACAGACUCCUUACAGGACAAAAGAUCAGUACACUGAGAAGCAGCUUCUUCUGAAUGUCUCAGCUCAAAUCUCACUUACGAAUGAUGCUUUUGGUAACUUCUCUAAGAUCUACUUAGAAGGUCUGUACGACGAGCAUACAGGGAGAAUGUAUCUUGUGGGAUGCAGAGACGUGAGAGCCUCAUGGGAAGUCUUGUCCGCGAGUGGUGAUCUUGAAGCGGGGUUAGAUUGUUUGGUAGACGUUGUGGUUUCUUAUCCUCCAAUCAAGUCAAGAUGGUUAGCUGAUCCAACGGCUAAGGUUUCAAUAUCCAGCAGAAGACCAGACGAUGAUCCACUCUAUUUUAAACCGUUGAAGCUCAAGACAACACCUAUCUUUUACAGAAGGCAGCGUGAAGACAUUCUUUCACGUGCAGGUGUUGAAGGGAUCCUCAGGGUUCUAACGCUUACUUUCUCUAUUGGUUGCAUCACUAGCCAGCUCUUUUACUUCAGAACCAAAACAGAUUCGGUUCCUUUCGUUUCGCUUGUGAUGCUUGGAGUUCAAGCUCUUGGUUAUAGCUUGCCGUUGAUCACUGGCGCAGAAGCUCUCUUUAAAAGAAAAGAAGCUUCUGGAACAAUGUAUGCAACACCUUCUUAUGAUCUACAGAGAAGUCAGUGGUUUAAUGUGAUUGAUUACACUGUGAAGCUCCUUGUGAUGGUUUGCUUUCUACUAACUCUAAGGCUUUGUCAGAAAGUGUGGAAGUCUCGUGUCAGAAUGCUCACUAGAACACCUCAAGUUCCAAGUGAUCGGCGUGUGUUUUUCGUUGCCUUGUUCUUACACGCACUAGGUUACAUACUUGCUUUGGUUCUUCAUCCAGCAAGGACAGAGAGGUUUACUCAAGUGUAUGGAACUGCAGCUACAAACUGGUGGCAAACCGAAACAGAGGAGUACAUUGGUUUGGUUCAAGACUUCUUCUUACUUCCUCAGGUUAUUGCUAACUUUAUAUGGCAGAUUGAUUCAAAGCAACCGCUAAGGAAGCUGUAUUACUUGGGAAUCACGCUAGUGAGGCUUUUCCCUCACGUCUAUGACUACAUGGUCGGCUCUGUUCCUGAUCCUUACUUCAUUGGAGAAGAACAUGAGUUUGUUAAUCCGAAUCUCGAUUUCUUCUCCACGUUUGGGGAUGUAGCUAUACCGGUCACCGCGAUUUUACUUGCAGUCAUUGUGUUUGUUCAGCAGAGAUGGGACUAUGACAAGCUUUCUCAAGCUUUAUCCUUUGGUCGGUUUAGGAUUCUACCUUCUAGAUCUGUUAAGUACGAGAGAAUGGAAUAUAAGAUACAUAAGUGA